CGCUUCCGAGGCAGCAACCGGAGCUGGCACACAUGGCCGCAGCCAUAAGCUACCCAUACACAGGCUUAGAGUACAAUUAGUCCCAGGUUUAAGGAAAGAAGGUAGAAAUUAAAGUAGUGACAGUAGUCUUACAUGUUAUGAGCUGACCUAGUGGUUUAUUCUGUGAGGGGAAACAUGUCUUUGUUGUGCUACAACAGGAGUUGCGGACAGCGGUUUGACCCGGACAACAAUCCCGAUGAUGCCUGCACCUUCCAUCCCGGGGUGCCUGUGUUUCAUGAUGCGCUCAAGGGUUGGUCCUGCUGCAAGAGACGCACUACAGACUUCUCAGACUUCCUGAGUAUUAAAGGUUGCAGCAGGGGUCCCCACAACAGUGAGAAGCCUGCAGAGGCGGUGCGUCCUGAGGUGAAGACUUCAGGAGAGAGGAAGGAGGUUGGGGAGGAGCUGAAACCUAGAGGAGAUCCCUACAUAAUUCAAGCUCCUAAACCUCUGGAGCAGGUUCACAGGCCGAGUGGCGAGGAGCCUCUCGUCAGAUUGCAACAAAAGGUGCUGUCAUCACUGAGACAGGCUCUUGAAAAACUCAACCUAAAUUGCAGUAAACACACUGACAACACAGAGGAAGAGGGGGAUGACGUGAAGGUCGGUACUUCCUGUAAGAAUGGAGGAUGCUCUAAGUCUUACUCUGGACCAGCAUGUGAUGAGGAAGUGUGCAAACACCACCCUGGAGUUCCUGUUUUCCAUGAGGGUAUGAAGUACUGGAGCUGCUGCAGGAAGAAAACAUCAGACUUCAACUCCUUUUUGUCCCAGCAGGGCUGCACUACAGGAAGUCAUCUCUGGAGGAAAAACAACCAGGGGCUGAAGGUGAUGCCAUGCAGGUUUGAUUGGCACCAGACCGGCAGUCAGGUCAUCAUCUCCAUCUAUGCCAAGAACUCCUUACCAGAGCUCAGCUAUGUAGAAGCCAACAGCACCAUGGUGAAUAUGCGCGUGGUGUUUGAGGGAGAUAAAGAGUUUGAACAGAAGAUCAGUUUAUGGGGGGCUGUGGAGGUAAAGAGCAGCGUGGUGAACCUGAUGGCUGCAAAGAUGGAGGUGUCUCUGAAGAAAGCUGAGCCAAUCACAUGGGCGCGCCUGGACCUGCCCUCCCUCUCACAGGAUCAACAACAGGAGGAAACCAAACAGACAUAGCUGCCUCAAACUUCCCACUUCCAACUUCACAGUCGCCUCUCGUCACUUCCCACAGCCGAUCUGACCUCUCGUUUGAACUUUUGCCUCCUCUGGCAUCACUUGUGUGUGUCUCCAGUCCUUUCAUCUCAGUGGACACGCAAACCUCUUACAACUUGACAACUUCUGAUUACGUUGUAGAUGGUAAUUUUGUAACAUACUGUAGAAUCUGGCCUUGUCUAUAUCCAAAUGAGUAAUUUCUCGUUCAGCGUGUCCUUGGAAGUCUUAUUAGAAUUAGAGAAACAUUUAUCAUAGAUUUUUACAACUGGUCUUACAGGCACACUAGUGUUGUUACCGGAGGGUGAUUUUAACCUUGUUCAGUUUUAGAAGUUAUACAUUGAUGCCAGUGCAGAAUUAUAUUUCAUUCUCUGUAGCUUUUCCAUCCUGUGAGCGAGAGUGGAUUAGUAUCUGAUUGUCCUGUCACUUGAUUUGUCCAGCUGUGACACUGACAUCAUACAACAUCAUACAGUAUAUAUUUUGCACUUAUUUUGCCAUAUAUUUUCUUUUCUCCCCCAAUAUUCUCAUUUUCAUUGUUUAGCUUCGUUGCCUCAUGAUGAUAUUCCUUGUGUGUUAUGACUUUAGAUACUGUUAAGAGGAGCACAGAGCUGAACUUCUUGAGGAACUCAACUCACUCAAACAUUUUAAAGACUGAUAUGAUAAACUACGUCUUUCAACAGAAAUUUGGUUUCAUGCAGGUUUAUCAUGAGAUUUUGUUGUAUACUUUGGUGUGUGCAAAACUACUGUGUGCCUUUAAGGAAAUUAAGGAAGGUAAUUUAUUACAUCCAUCAAUAUGGAUAUAAAUAAAAGUCAGUGCGAUUGCUGUCAUGUA